AUGGCUCCCGCGGCUACUUCCACCACCUCCUCCCAAGGUAUGCAAGCAUAUGCUGCCCUCUCUCUCUUCCAACCUCAUCGGGCUCGUGAUGCCAUUCGAGAUGCCCACCAGAAGAAGAUUCGCCCCCUCCUCUGCUACUAUGCGGGACUCAGCUCCCUGCCCAUUACUCGAUUCCUAGCACCAAUGAACUAUGACGCCGUCUGGAUUGAUUGGGAACACAGCUCUUGCAAUGUCGAGACAAUGACAAGCAUGGUGCACGAGGCAAUCUUUAUGAGCCAGGGCGCCACGAUUCCAUUUGUCCGAGUGCCGGGCCACGAUCACGCUGCCAUUGGAUAUGCUCUGGAUGCUGGUGCCAGCAUUGUUGUGCCCCAGGUGGAUACUGUAGAACAAGCCCAACACGUUGUGUCGGCAGCCAAGUUCGGUUCCAAGCAGAGAGGCACUCGAUCGGCUCCUCCGUUUCGUCUGGUCCCUGGAAUCACGGAUCAAGCAUUUGACGGCACUCGCGAUCUCCACAAGAACCUCAAUGACCAGGCUGCCAUUAUGAUUCAAAUCGAGAGUCUAGAAGGCAUCAACAACCUCGACGCAAUCCUCACCGAAGUCCCCGAUAUCGAUAUAGUCUGGCUCGGUUCUCUGGAUGCUCGUAUCAGCAUGAACCUCUCUGGCGACAUGGCCGGCCAGGAGAAGGAGUGGCUCGACGCGAAGGAAAAGUUCUUUUCCAUCAUGGAUAAGCACGACAAGCCAUACGGAGGCUUUGCUUUCGCCGAACCCCCAUUCGGAAGCUCCGAGGCUAUUAAAGAGGCAGCAAAGCGAAUGUCAUUCAUCACAAUGUCGGCCGACGUGCUGCAUUUGGCAGCGCUCGCAGCGGAUUUACAAAAGGCAAAGGAAUUAACUAGCGUCGUUUAG